AUGAGCGAGAAAAGAAAAGAAAGAAGGAGAAAAGAGAAAUGAGCGUAACGUACCACUACUACCCUUUCCCUGCGUUAGCGUUUGGUUGCCGCUACUGUUAUGCAUAUGCAAGUGCUACACGCAUAACUACAACUACACGCGCUCACACUCUCUCCAACCACACACGUGUUUCUUUGUCACCUCCUCACUCUUCCACCUUCUCCUUCAUCACCAACCUCUUCUUCUUCCCAAACCCUAAUUUCCUCACGGGGAACACUCUCUUCCUUCGCAUGCAGCGGUUCUGCUCUGUGAGUGGGAUGAGUAAGAACAAAGCCAUGGUGGAAAGGUUGCAGCGUUAUGGAGUGAUUUCAUCGAGUAAGGUGGCUGAGGUAAUGGAGACAGUUGAUAGAGCUUUGUUUGUACCUGAUGGAGCUUCACCUUAUGAUGACAGCCCCAUGGCCAUAGGGUACAAUGCCACUAUAUCUGCACCGCAUAUGCAUGCCACGUGCCUUCAGUUGCUGGAUGAUAAUUUGCAGCCUGGGAUGCAUGCUCUGGACAUUGGUUCUGGAACAGGAUACCUGACUGCGUGCUUUGGCUUGAUGGUUGGACCCCAAGGACGUGCUGUUGGAGUGGAGCAUAUUCCUGAAUUGGUUUCUUUUUCAAUAGAGAAUAUUCAUAAAAGUGCUGCAGCUAUGCUGUUGAAAGAUGGUUCCCUUUCUGUUCAUGUUGGUGAUGGAAGGCAAGGUUGGCCAGAGUUUGCUCCUUAUGAUGCCAUUCACGUUGGAGCAGCAGCACCGGAAAUUCCCCAACCACUUAUUGACCAGCUGAAGCCUGGAGGUAGAAUGGUGAUUCCUGUUGGAAACAUAUUUCAAGAUUUAAAGGUGGUGGAUAAGAAUUCUGAUGGUUCUAUCAGUGUUCGCACUGAGACCUCUGUUCGUUAUGUGCCCCUCACUAGUCGAGAAACUCAACUUCGAGGUUACUAAAAGGAAGCCAACUUCCUGAGUUCAGUGUUUGGAUCUUAGUUCUACACAUGCUGUUAAAAUUUUUAUAGUUCAGGUUUCUUUAAUUUUGGAAGGUUAACGCUUUACAGAUAUCAGUUGUUGAAUCAUGAAUGUACCCACAUGCAGUUGGAAUUUGUAUAGUAGAAAGUCCGUGUUCUAACUGCCAAAUUCAUGGUCAUUGAUAAUAAUUUUUAUUUCAAAUAUCACCGUCUUUUUAAAAAUAUUACCAUGAGUAUAAUUAAG